CAGCAGUGAGGGAGAUUGAAGUCGUCAGUAGACAGGAGUUCAUACAAAGAUCUCAUACUCGCUAACACUAGGUAGGCUGUGUUGUAAACUGAUCAGAUCAGGCCAGAUCAAACUGGAUCGGGUGAGUCAUGAUUUUGCAGAAACUUCUGAGUUUUGGUAAGCAGCUGCUGCGGGUGAAAGUAGUGGACUGCAGCUUGGAAGACACUCGUCUCUCGCGAUGUCUUAACACAUUUGACCUAGUGGCGCUGGGAGUGGGCAGCACCCUGGGGGCUGGGGUGUACGUCCUCGCUGGCGCAGUGGCACGGGAGAAUGCAGGGCCUGCCAUAGUGCUGUCCUUCCUCAUCGCUGCCAUGGCAUCAGUGCUGGCUGGCCUGUGCUACGCUGAGUUCGGGGCACGAGUACCCAAGACAGGCUCAGCGUAUCUGUACACCUACGUGACAGUGGGCGAGCUCUGGGCAUUCAUCACAGGCUGGAAUCUGAUCCUCUCUUAUAUCAUAGGCACAUCCAGUGUAGCUCGUGCCUGGAGCGCUACAUUUGAUGAGCUGAUCAACAACCAAAUUGAGGUGUUCUGUCGUCAGUAUAUGAGCAUGAAGGUCCCGGGUGUGUUGGCUGAGUACCCGGAUCUGUUCGCAGUGGCCAUCAUUCUGUCUCUUACAGGCUUGCUGGCCUUUGGAGUGAAGGAGUCAGCCAUGGUCACUAAGAUUUUCACCUGCAUCAAUAUCCUGGUGCUGCUGUUCAUAGUAGUAUCAGGCCUGGUCAAAGGCACGCUCAAGAACUGGCAAGUGAAUCCUGAUGAGAUUCUCAAUGCCACCGAUUCCUCAGGCUUCAAUACAACAGAGGUAAAGGAAUCAGCUGAGAGCUUGGGAGUGGGUGGAUUUAUGCCAUUUGGCUUCACCGGAGUCCUCUCGGGAGCUGCUACCUGCUUCUAUGCUUUUGUUGGGUUUGACUGCAUUGCCACAACAGGUGAGGAGGUGAAGAAUCCUCAACGGGCCAUCCCCAUCGGCAUCGUCUCCUCUCUCUUCAUCUGCUUUUUCGCCUACUUUGGUGUGUCAGCUGCUCUCACUAUGAUGAUGCCAUACUACAUACUGGACAGAAAAAGCCCAAUUCCUGUGGCUUUUAAAUAUGUAGGUUGGGAGGGAGCCACCUACACAGUGGCUGUAGGCUCUCUGUGUGCCCUCUCCACCAGUCUUCUGGGUUCCAUGUUUCCACUCCCUCGUAUUAUCUAUGCCAUGUCCCGAGAUGGCCUCCUCUUCUCUUUCCUGGCACGUGUGAGCAAGAGGAAAACACCCAUCAUUGCCACGAUGGCCGCAGGGGUAUUGUCUGCUGUCAUGGCUUUCCUGUUUGACCUAAAGGAUCUGGUUGAUCUUAUGUCUAUCGGCACGCUCCUGGCUUACACUUUGGUUGCUGCAUGUGUGCUGGUGCUCAGGUAUCAACCAGAGCAACUCAAUCAGGGCUACCAGAUGGCAAGCACACAUGAGGAGAUGGAGAUGAGAGCAUCCUUUAGUACUACGAGUAUGGGCAUUCUGCCUGGCAUGGAGGAACGCUUCAGUUUCAAAACGCUGCUUUUCCCUAACAACACAGAGCCGUCUGGCCUUUCUGGCUCUGCCGUCAAUGUCUGUGCAAGUCUGCUUGGUUUCCUCAUCCUGACUUUCUCCAUCAUGGCCAUGCAGGGUGGUUCUGCCAGAUGGAACGUAGCAACCCUUGUUGUGAUCGCCAUAGUGUGUCUUCUUCUCACAUUAAUCAUCUGGAGGCAACCGGAGAGUAAAAGCAAGCUCUCGUUUAAGGUGCCUCUUUUACCCUUCCUCCCUGUGGUUAGUAUGUUUGUUAAUGUGUAUCUAAUGAUGCAGCUGGACAGGGGGACAUGGAUGCGCUUUGCUUUGUGGAUGUGCAUCGGUUUUAUUAUCUACUUUAGCUAUGGAAUACACCACAGCUCAGAAGUUGCUCCGACUUAUUCCCGUCCAGACAAAGAGCCUGGUGUGUGUAAAUCCACAAGUACUAACCGGGAUGACACAUCCCCUGAGAAAGAAGCGUUCCUCUACACCAGGCAGGAGGAUGGAGAUGAAGAUUGUGAGCUCUGAUACUGAGGAUGAGAUGAGCUUCAGUACUGCCUACUUGACCUUCCCUCUGAACUACAGCACUCAGGGCUGCUGAAGAGCACAAACUGUUAUCAGGCCGCGCAUGAGGAGAUGCAGCACUGUGGUUGAUUUUUUUAAAUAAUUCACUUCCUCAUGAGCGGCUGAGAGCCCUGUUGUUGGAUAGUGAUUUUUGGAGAUUUUAAUUUGCAACAAAAACAGUUAAAGGACAUUUUGUCUGAAGGCAACUUGGAAAUUUUUCUUAGGUUCAGUUACUGUAUAUACUGAGUGUCCAGUUUAAGACAGUGCCCACUGUGUUCUCUGAUUGCGCCCUUCGUCAUCGAAUUGCACUUUUACAAUAUUACACACGUUACAACUGAAUUAGAAUGAUGCAUAACCGCAAAAAAAAAAUCAGGGACACGUUGCCUUCCAUGGACUUCUAUUUAACAGUUUAAUUUGUUUUAUGAUGAAAUCUGCUCCACACAAGGCUUAGUGUUUCUUAUUUAAGCCCUCACUCGCUUUCUGAAAUGUUACCUACUAGUCUGAGCUGCUCUGAUCCAGAUUUAGUACAAGGGGUAUUUAUAGAAAGCCCUACUAUUGCCACCUGGUGGAGUGGUAAUGAACACAAAGGAAGAUUGAAGCUCAUUCAGUAUACUGAGAGGAUUAUAUUUCCAGUACUGGGUAACUGUUUUGUCUUUGCAGACUUAUUUGCCUCAUAUAGCUCUUUGAAGCUGCUAAUUUAAAAAGUCAUCUGAAGAAUAUUUGAAGAGUUUGUAGGACAAAAACCUGUUUGGUUAAGGUAAUAAACUUUUCCAUAAUUGGUUGCUUAUUGUUGAAGAUAUUAACAAGAUUAAUGAUAUUUAACAAUUAUUCGUUGAAGGCAAAGUGAAUAUUGGUGAUUUAUUAUUCAUAUGGGCCACUUUUUCCAUGGAACAAAAACGUAUUCUAUUCCUUUCUAGUGGGCUUAUUGAUGGCACGCAAUAUUAUCAUAUUGGUUAUCCUCCAUGUAUUACGCCACUCUCCCCAGUGGAGAGCGAGUGUGCAAUAUUAUUACAAUAUUGCACGUUAUCAAGACAACAUGACGUCACAUGUCAGAGCUCGUGAAUAUCCAGUGACAACUUUUCUGCUGCGCAUACACACAAUCAUUUCUUUGUCUGCUGGGAAAGAGAAAAGAUGAGGCUAAUCCAGUGCUACUGCUAGGUAUAGCUAUGCGAUAAUUAAGGACUAAAUAAAUAAACUAAAAACUGAAACCGAAGAUGCACUGAACACCCGAAAGGCUACCAAAAUUUCAUUAUAUAUUCUUCACGCAUAUUUACAAGAAAAAAACAUACUAACGGAGAUCGAAAAACUGGAAAAGAGACACAUCGGAGAUGAAAAACUUCUGAGCUAGCGAGUGACUGUGACAGUUUGUAAACAAACGUGGCCUUGAGGUUUGCUUCAUUAAAAGUAGAAGAUUUUGAGAGAAUUUUGGCUGCCAGGUCGCGCUGUUGUGUGUAGUUGUCGAUGUUGAUUUUAAAAUUAAUGAAGUAAAUUACAUCGGGAAAUGAAUACUUACUGUAAGUCUGAGUGAAAAAUGCUGUGACAAACAUGCGUGGAAAAAGUCUUGGGACAGAAAUCUUAGUUUCUCAGUCACUAGCCUGUGCUACUGAUGAACGCUAUAGCGGCUGUAGGCAACUUUAUUGCCGCACCAACUUGUGGGUAAGCUAGCAUUGGCCUUCGAGAAUGCUGAUAUGAAGCGCGUGUAUGUAUAAUAAUAAUAUU